UUGCAGCAGCUCUGGCCCAGCCAAAGAUCCCAAUUCGGAAGCCACAGAAAACAGCCCUCUGUGUUUGUCCGGAAGAGUUUUCAUAUAUUGAUGCAGUACAGCCCUCGACUCCAAUAUCCAUUCUUUCUCUCAAUGUGGAUGAUGUAUGUGAAUUUUCCCUGCUGUGACUAAUGGCGUGAAGUGUUUAUAUUUUGUUUUGCCUUUCGUGGUCUGGAUUGUUGACGACAUGCUUGAGAGCUAUCAUCUUCUACCUCAAGAAUUCAGGAACAUGUUCCAGACUCCGACAUCAAAGGAGUCGACAAUGUUCCCUAUGGCUCCCGACUUUACAUUGCUGGGAGACUCCGUGUCUAAGGAUCCUUCAUUUUGCUCCAAUCUUUACAGCCUCUCAAAUGCAGCUACCUUUGAUUCACAUCUACUACCUCGAGUACCAUCUCCAUCUUUACCGUUGGAGGAAAUGUUAAGGUUGUGGCCAUCUGGUCAAGAACAUUUAUCGUCAUCGAUGGAUAAGGGAAGCGGUGUUUACCACGUGCAGACACGUCGUGAUUCUCUCACCACUUUGAUGAACUUUGGUGAUUGGGUUUCGGGACAAUCCUGGAGUCGAGCUUCAAGCCUUCUUCCGCCAGCACCACUGUUUUACCGUGGGAGGCCAUCCCAUCUCGAUCAUCCAGACAGGGUCGAUUGCGACUUGUUGUCGGCACCGUCAGCUACAGAGACUCGCCCAGGACGAGAAUUACAAGCCGCAUCUGGUAAACGUGCUACGCCAGAGCACCCAAGCAGACCAUACUCCCAUUUGCAUGAGGCCAGACUCGACACCGGCAACGCGUCAAGCUCACAUACCAGACCGACAACCCCAGUUCCGUCUCUAAGUCACUCACAUCAAUCCGCUUCAUCUCUCUCAACGAUUGAUCAGGCCUACGAAGUCAGCAAGGGUACGCACAAUUCGCCGGGUCGACUGGCUCUUGUUGAUCGCAGUGGAGCAUCUAUGCAUAAUUCCAAGGCUGGCAAGUCGACCACCAACGUACUUAGCAUGAGGCCUAGCGAUGGAAUCGACUGCACCCUUCCAGACCUGCUGGAGGCACAUCCAUCAACCUAUCAACCUGAGGUGUCAUAUAUUGAAUGGGACGACGGCGAUGGUGCUCGAGCACAGUCACGACUUGCACGGAUGAAGAAAAGCUUCGCAGACCUUCGUGCGGCCGAACGGUACAUCUCGGAGGCAUACACGAGCAGCAAAACACCACUACUGAAACACAAGAAUGAUACUGUCGGUACUAGUCGCGCAGCAAUGUGCCCGACAACCGAUGAAGGCACGUCGGAAUUCUCGAGACAAAAACAACUCGAGCCGAGGAAUGAUGUUCAUGGAGAGUGGAAGCCAUUGAUUCCGAAGCCGCUGGCUAUCGGCAAUGUCGAGAUGCCCGCCAAACUGAGGAAGCAACCUAGUACAAGAUCGCUCUUGAAGAAAGCUACCAAGCCCGGAUCACCAGUCACUGGUCAUCUCAAACGUGACCGACGAAGAACUGUGAGUUCAGGGCUAGAAGGUAUAUCACCACUAUCUCAAAUUAGCGUUGAGCCAGGUCUCGCCACGACCUCUGCCCGGUCGUCAGCUGCGACGUCGUCCAGCACCCGCAAGAGAAAGAGGUUUGGCACGGUUUUCGUUAGACCCAACCGGAAUGAGAAGGAACCAGCCAGGCUAAGCGUCACUGGAAAAUGGCUCAGGCGGGUGCUGGGCUUCAAAAGAGAGCGGAAGGAUUAGUGGUGCAUUCAGCUGCUGACACGGGUGAUGGCUGGAAAGGCUGCUUUGUGGUACAAUUUCGGGGUUGCUUGCGGGUACGAUCUUUUUGUGCACUGGGCUGGUAUGAUUGAAUGAAAAAGUCUUUACGUGACAUGAAUGGAAUGAGUGUUAUGCGAAGGUUCGGACAUGUGGGAUCGAGUAUCUAGACGAAGGAUGGCGAUGGGCAUGAAUGAUGACGGAUGACGAGAAUGAAGAGCCGUGUAGCAGGUCUACAGAGGUUUUGGACGGAUGAGAUGCCACAUGCAGCUCGUAGAUGCCAUGUUAAAGGCCCGCGACUUUGCUCCUUCCAGUGUGGUUGGAGAAAUGUGUCAUUGCCGUCAAACCAAAGUCAAAGACAUUG